AUGGAGUUCGAUGCGCGGCUGCUGCGGCCCGCGGGCGGCUUCGGGCGCCGCGCCCGGCUCCUGGCGGCCGCCACCUGGGUCCCCAACGCGGCGUUGGCGCUGGGCUUCUUCGCGGGGCUGCUGCUGGCGGCGCCGCCCGCCCACCGCUGCCGCCCGGACCCCGCGCUGCUGCCGCCCGCGCUGCGCAACCUGUCGGGCCGGGCGCUGCUCAACGUCUCGGUGCCGCGGGGCCCCGCGGGCUGGAGCCGCUGCCUCCUGUAUCGCUACGCGCCCGGCGCCGCGGGUCCCAACCGCACUGGGCCCUGCACCCGCGGCUGGGACUACGAGGUACCUGCGGUCGGGCUGCGCUCCAGCCUCGUCACCCAGUGGGACUUGGUGUGCUCAAAUCGCUGGAAGGUGCCACUUGAACAGACCACCUACCUGCUGGGCUGGCUCAGCGGCUGCAUUGUGCUCGGCUUGGCCUGCGACAGGUUUGGCCGGCGUGCCACCUUCGUGUUCUCCCUGGUGCUGGCGGUUCCCCUGGGCAUCGGUGUGGCGCUGGCACUGAAUUACAUGAUGCUGCUGUCCCUGCGGCUCCUCCUCGGUGCUGUGCUGGCUGGCACCUUCCUCUCCCUCUACGUCGCAAGGCUGGAGCUGUGCGACCCUCCCCACCGGCUGAUGGUCGUCAUGGUUGCGGGGUUCUUCUGGGUUGCCGGGGAGCUGCUGCUGCCGGGCUUGGCGGUGCUGUGUCGGCAAUGGCGGCUGCUGCAAGGUGCCGUGACGCUGACACUGGCCGUGCUGGCCACCUGCUGGGGCUGCCCGUCGCUGUUCCCAGAGUCGCCCCGCUGGCUGCUGGCCACGCGGCAGCUGGAGAAGGGCAGGAAGGGUCUGCGGGCCCUUGCAGAGGGCAACGGUGUGAGCCUGGAGGACGAAUUCUACAGCCAGGAGCACCUGUUAGCAGAGCUGGAGUCGGAGGGGGCCCCGCUGCCAUGCUACCACACACUCUGCGAGGUCUUCAGCACCCGAGUCAUCUGGAAAAACAGCCUCAUCCUCGGCUUCACAGCGUUCAUCGGCAGCGGGAUCCAGCACUGCUUCACACGCAACCUGGCUCCCUACCUCCCCCAGUUCCACUUCUCCUACUUCCUGCUGGCAGCACUGGAGGCGGCGGCUUGCCUCUUCCUGUGCGUCACGGUCAACCGCGUCGGGCGCCGCCCCAUCCUGCUGCUCUGCACCAUCCUGACCGGCAUCGCCUCGCUGCUGCUGCUGGCCCUAACGCAGUAUCUGCUGGACUGGAUCAUCCUGAUCCUCUCUGUCCUGGGCAUCGCGUACUCACAGGCCGUCACCAUGCUCAGCAUCUUCUUUGCCAGCGAGGUCCUUCCCACCGUGGUCAGGGGCGCGGGGUUGGGCCUCAUCAUGGCUGCCAGCUUCGUGGGCAAAGCGGCUGGGCCCAUCAUGGACAUCCAGAACAACCGGGGCUUCUUCCUGCACCACGUGGUCUUUGCCUCCUUCGCCAUUCUCUCUGUGCUCAGCAUCAUGCUGCUGCCCGAGAGCAAGGGCAGGGGCCUGCCCGAGUCGCUGCAUGACGGUGAGAGUCAGCGCCGGCCCCCGCUCUUCCGCUCCUCCCGCCGCAGGGACCAGCUGCCUCUGCUCUCACCCCAAAGCGCCGGCCACGCCUCUGAGGCCCAGGACUACGCCCACCUCGUCACUGCCACCAAGAAGAUGCUGAGCUCCCACCGGCGCACUCCCCCGCGGGACAGGCAGCUGCUGCUGGAGCCUACCCCAGGUGGUGACCCCCAGCAGGAGAUUUAGCUGGGCUGGGCUGUCUGUGGGGACUGUGCUCUGCAGGCAGGGGGACAGCACCUACUGUUAACUGCCCUGGGCUGCGGGUGUCUCCUGCCCCCAGCGGGCGGUGUCGUUUGUGUGGGGUACCUCCUAGGGCCCAUCACACCGGCGCAGCCUGCACGACCGUCUCCUCCGGGCAGCAACUCCCUUCUCGCCUGGAGGGCCUGGCGUGACUGUUAGCCUGCCAUGUGCAGCCUCCUGCCUCUGCCUCACUGGGGUGUUUGUGGGCUCCCACAACCCCUGCUGCAUACCAGCCCUGCGGGGAGUGGGGCCUGGAAGAGAGAGUGCCCCCAGCCCCCUCCUACGGAGCCUGGCUGGGAAGGGGGUGCCCCUGGCUCAGGGAACACCAGUCCCUGUGCCCCCGGCCAGGUGAGCAGCUCACCAAUAAAAUGUGCCUUAUUUCUA